AUGGCUGACCCUAGUACUGAUACGUCGCCGUUGCCUCCACCACCGCAGCUGUUUAACCUCGAGCCCAUCGACGUGCCCGAGCCCUGGCAGCAGGAGCUUGUCGACAACUUCCAUGCGCUGCGCGCCCUGCUGGCCAACCGGUCUGGCUCCGAGGUGCACGACACGCUGCAGCAGAAGGCUUCGGAAAGCAUGCAGAGCCACUGCAAUCUGGUCAACGGACUAGUAUACGGGAUUCUAACCGAGCCCAGCGAGGGCAGCACUUACUUCCGCAACCUAAGCAUUGUAUCGCGCGACGGAUUCGUCCAUGCCGUCAGUCGGCUGCAGCACGUAGUCACGUAUCUGCGGUUCCGCCUGGUCCGUGGCGACGUUCUGAAGCAGCUCUUCUGGUUCCUCAGCGAGCUUAUCAAAACCAACACAUCGGGCAUCGAUCAGAUCUUGAUAUUUCUGACGCGGCAGAUCCGCAGCGGCGACGUGACUCCCGGGAACAUCAAGCUGUGCCGCAACACCUUGCAUCUAAUUGAGUCCAACAUGGACUGGGUCAUGCGGUCCCCAGUGCUCAUUGCCACAAUUGUGUACGCCUUCGGGCGGCUCAUUCUAGACCACAGCCGGGUACCGGACCUGUGCGCCCGCGAGUGCGAUCUGGUGGUGCGACUGAUUCGCGACAAGUUCACCGAAUGCUCAAUGAUCGGACGCGACCUUGUCCGGGUUCUGCAGGACGUAGCAAAACACGAUAAAUUCAAGGCGCUCUGGCACGACUUCCUGCAGCGCCCGCAGCAGAUCAGCCCGCACUUCACCGGCAUCGAGCAGCUAUUGCGCGUGCCCACGCCCCGCGUGUUUCUGGCCAACCGCCUCACAUACGACAUGGAGGCAAAGCUGCUGUUCAUGCUGGAGAAGCUGCCGUCAAAUACGUUCUUCAGAAACAUGACGUGGUUCUCGCAGCGCUUCCUAGCCACCCCCGAGUCCGAGUCGCUAUAUUGCGAUUUGAUCCGGUACAUCUGCGGCGUAUUCCAUCCGUCAAACGCCCUGCUGGCUUCCAACAUCCUGCCGCGGUAUGUCUUACUAGGUGCCAUUCUACGCCUUAUUCGCUCGCAGGUCGUUGCGGCCAACGCCAAACUGGCACUAUUCUACGACUGGUUGUUCUACGAUCCGCAGGUCGAUAGCAUCAUGAACAUUGAGCCCGGAGUGCUGAUCAUGGCGCGGUCGCUCGACAGGUACACGCAUCUGACGGUGACGUUCAUUGAGUUUUUGGGAUUCACUGCCGAUGCGUACUGCCCGACUCUGGCUCCCGCGAUCCGCAGAUCCAUCAGUCUGACCAUGCAGGAUGCUGUCGAAAAGGGCGUGAUUCCGUCGCUGCUGCCAAUAUACGAGCACCCAAAGGUUGACGAGGCAACGCGUAAGCAGAUGCAGGUACUGUUCCCUAGC